CUAAGAAGAAGAAUAAGCAGAACUUCAACCUCAAUAAUGUCGUGUUUUUUCAAAUAAUUCAAAUCGAUCAAUUUCAAUAUUAAAGCGCAAAUAAUUUGGACGAUUUUUCCCACAAAUAUCCCAUGAAAGGAUGUACAAACGUGAAAUCGAACUUGGUUUCCUUGAAGAAUGCCAACCAUGGCAGGUAGAAAGUCGUCUGUUUCCUAGCAAAGUCGGUGGGAAGCCAGCCUGGCUGAAUCUGGAAAAAUUGCCUUCCCAUGAGCAGCUUCAAUGCAAAAAUUGCCAGAAAUCCAUGAUAUUCCUAUGCCAAUUGUAUGCACCAUAUGAAGAAGACUUGGAAGUGUCUCAUGAACAAUUCCUCAAUAAUUUCCACAGAUCUCUAUUUGUUUUCAUAUGCAGAAACCAAGAAUGCUGUAUAAGAAACAACAGUUGCAAUAUCAAAGUCCUAAGGAGCUCUAUGCUCAGGGACAACAAGUAUUAUCCAUAUGAUCCACCUGAAGAUAAGCCAGACAGUAAUUUCUCACUCAGCAAAUGGGUGAAGCUUUGCACAGUGUGUGGGGGUUUAGCUGAAAAACAGUGCAGCAAAUGUAAAAGGGUCAACUAUUGUAGCAGAGAGCACCAAGUACUGGACUGGAAGGAAGGGCAUAAAAAAGAAUGUGGCAGCAACUUGGCAAGUACAAGACAAUCUGAGGUAUUGUUUCCAGAGUGGGAGAUCAUCACAGAGACUGAGGAGUUUCAGGAAAAUCACAUAAAUGAGGAGGAAGAGCUGAAAAACUUCAAAAAUUUGGAACUGGAAGGUAAAACUGGUACAAUGUCCCAUAUCUCAGAAUCAGAACUAGAAGCUCACUCUGCAGAGGAAAAAGACAAGACUUUCCUACAAUUCCAGAAACGCACGGCUCAAAACCCAGAUCAAGUUAUACGCUACAAACGCGGGGGCCGUCCCUUUUGGAUCGCCAGGGCUCCGCUGCCCGACAAAAUCCCCGAAUGUGAACAUUGUGGGGGGGACAGGCAGUUUGAGUUCCAAAUCAUGCCUCAGAUGUUGACCUUGUUGAAAGAGACCAGCUUAGAUUGGGGUGUACUAGUGGUGUUUACCUGUAAAAACAGUUGCACUGAUAAGGGAGGGUACAGAGAGGAGUUUGUGUUCAAGCAGGAUGUGGAGUUGGACAUUUGAGGGGCUGUUCAUCUUCAGCAAAGGACCCAUCAUAUUCAAACAAACUCACCCUAUAGGCAAUGCAUUGAGAUUUUGGAAAAAAAUAAUGAUAUGUAAAUAUUUAAGUACAUUUUAUAAU